AAACUUCACAAAAUAUUCAGACACACACACAGACACAGACAAAGAAAAACCAUUCCCAAAACUCUUUUGCCAAGAAAAUGGACGGCGAUGAAGAACCACCGUUACUCUCUCCGUCACCGCAUCUCUCAUUUUCAUCUUCAUCUUCUUCACUUCUCAAAGAUAUCUCAAAUUACAAAACCCCAAAACGCCCCUCCCAAGUCCCCAAUUUUCACUCCCCAUCAUGCCAUCAAUUCUUCACUGCCUCCAAACAAACUCCAUGUCCUCCUUCGUCGUUCCGCCGCCCCCGCCCUUCUCUCGCUCCGCCUUCAACCCGCCGCCCCAAAUCCACCGCCCGGAGGCUCAAAGCCUUCGAGCUCGAGCAGUCCAAGUCGUCACGAAAAGCGCAAAUCCAGAAGCAAAACUCGCUCAAAUCCCUAGCCAAGUCCCUCUCCGUUUGGCUCAACUUUCUCUUCGAGAACCCUCGGUCGUGCGGCUGUGGCAACGGCGAUGCGGAAGAAGUGGUUUCGGGGAAGGGGAAGAGGGACAGUGGUAGUGGAGUUGGGAUUGGCGUUGACGCGGCUGCCACGUGGCAGAGGCCGAAGAGGCGGAGGGACUUGCUGUGGCGGAAGGAGGUGGAUGACGCGGCGGAGUUUCCGAGCUCGAUGUUCGCGAGUCUUCGGUCGUCUCUGAAAGAUGUGUGCAGUUUUGACGAUUUGAAGGAGCGGAUGAGGUCUUAUUUGAGCUUGGGAUGUUGCAAGGACAUUUUCAAAGCCAUGACUCAUGUUACUAAGACUAUUGAUGAAGGGAGGUUAAAAAUGAAGGCACAUUGCCCUUUAGUAACAGAUUUUGGAUUGAAGGAGAAGGCAACUAGAACACUAAUGAGUUAUAACCCAAUUUGGCUUCGGAUCGGAUUAUAUAUUAUAUUUGGUGGUGAUUCUUUGUUGUCCAAUGUAAAUGUUAACUCUGACCAAGAAAUCACGUUCUUGAAAAUGGUUAUUGAGAAGCAGUUCUUCUCGCAUGCGGGUCUAGCAAAAGCUUAUGCAUAUAACAAGAUGGUUGAAGGUCUAUACAGACCUGGUUACUAUGAAAAUUUGGGGAAUGUAAUUUUGAAGAGAUUUUUGCUGCUUGUUCUUAUCCUUGAUAGAGCUAAAUGUCAGAGCAGUAUUCCCCUUAAGUAUGGUAUUGAUGGAGUGGAUGGGGGUUCUCCUUUAUUGUUUACAACCCAAUCUGGUAUUAAAUCAAGUUGUCAAGUGAUCCAAGAUUUCCUUUCGUCGGAUAUAAUGCAUGGGGAAGGCAAUAUUCUAGCACACCUGGUGAUAGUAGGGCACAAGGUAUCUUAUCAACAGGUAUUGCUUCUGAGGCUCAUUCUAUGCAUUAUGGUGAUUUUCAUAUGCAUAUACAUUGGCAUUCUUCAUACUUGUGCAACUCUGGAUAUGGCUACCGAACAUUCUCAGAGAUGUUGUGAAGAACUUGUGGCUGCGGGAGCAAUCAACACUUUGCUGAAGCUCAUCCGUUCAGUCAGCAGAAGCAUACCGGAUCAGGAAGUUUUAAAGCAUGCACUCUCAACUCUCAGAAACCUUGCCCGCUAUCCACAUUUGAUUGAAGUGCUAAUUGAUAGUCAUGGAUCUGUAGAAGUUAUUUUAUGGGAGUUCCUAAGGAGCAAGGAGGAUGGAUAUUUCAUUGCUUCUGAGCUUUUGAAAAAGAUAUGUUCAACUCACAAAGGUGUAGAAGCUAUACACAAGUUACCAACCCAUUUAAAAAGGCUUCAAAGUCUAGUUGAGGAACUUACAAGGAAAGCAAACAAUGAGAAGAGGAAUGCACGAGGUCCGGCUGCUAGAAAUAAUAUUGAGAGAAGGCUAAGAGAGGCUGUUGAAGUCCUAAAAGUCAUAGCAAAUGGUCAAGUUUAGCCAUUGAUGCAUGCAGUGUAAAUUUGAUUGCUUAGUUAGAAUUAAUUGUGUAGAUUUGCCAUUGAAGUUACACGUUCAAUGGGAAGGAGAAUAUUCUUGGUGAUAAUUAUUGUUUUGUGGUUGCGAGAAUCUUUGUAAGCUGUGUUUAGUGUGUGCAUAUAAUCAAUGCAGAAAUUGUUGUCUUUACCUAGCCAUCAAUAUAUUGAGGUUGGAAAAUUUCCUAGAAUUCUUGUUUCUUUUUAUUUCAACUGGUAUUUGCAUUUCUGA